AUGCAAAACAUCAAUACCGGCUUCACAUAUGACAAUUCCACAUUUUACCUUCAUGGAAGCCCCUACCAGAUCAUUGGUGGUCAGAUGGAUCCCCAGCGAGUUCCGCGUCAGUACUGGGAAGAUCGUCUGUCCAAAGCUCGGUCAAUGGGCUUGAAUACCGUAUUUUCCUACAUUUACUGGAACAAACUGGAGCCACGUCCAGGAGAAUGGGACUUUUCAAGUGGCAACGACAUCGCUGCCUGGUUUGAGCUUGCAAAAAAAGUCGGUCUCGCUGCAGUCGUCCGCCCUGGUCCGUAUAUCGGUGCCGAGCAUGAGUGGGGCGGCCUCCCAUCUUGGCUGCAAGAGAUUCCUUAUAUGCAGAUUCGACGCAAUAACGCGCCCUUUAUUAACGCAACUAAGAGCUACUUUGAUCAUAUCGGAGAGAGGCUGGGCCCAUUGCAGGUUACAAACGGAGGACCUCUGAUCAUGUGCCAAGUUGAAAAUGAAUUCGGCAGCUUUGCACAAGUCAAUGGUGAAAGUCAGUCAUCAAACCACCAAUACAUCGAGGCUCUCAGAGAUAGCCUACGCAGUAACUUUGAUAUCACUCUGUAUUCAACGGAUAGCGGAAACGUUCAGAACCUGGAACAGUCCGUCGUACCAGGGGUACUGGCUGAAGUAGAUGGCCAAGCAGUGAGCGGCUUCGAGGCUCGACAGUCUUUCACCGAGUAUCCUUCAAGCGCUGGACCACUGCUCGAUGGCGAGUACUACACAACCUGGUUUGACAGUUGGGGUACCAACGCGACGCAUGUCAUGGCCGGCGGUACCUACUUCCAGUCUCUGUACGCCAACGACGACAUCCAAUAUGUGCUCCAAAGCAACAACUCAAUCAGCUUUUACAUGUUUCAUGGCGGCACAAAUUGGGAAUUUGACAACUCUUGUCUAUGGGAUGGAAAUGGCUACUUGGACCCUGUUACUACCAGUUACGACUAUGGCGCGCCUCUUGAUGAGUCAGGUCGUGUUACCAGUCUCUACAGCACCCUCAGGAGCCUCAUUGAAGACUAUGGCAGAGACUCGACUAGCCUCCCGUCGAUACCGAUCAAUGUGCCAUUGAUGAGCACGCCAAAGAUGCAUCUUUCUCCUGUCGCAAGUCUCUUUCAGAAUCUUGGUGAACCAAAAGUUCAGUCUUCUGACCCGAUGUACAUGGAGCAAUUAAACCAGUCAUACGGAUAUGUCCUCUACGAGCAUACGGUAAGGUCAGCCAUCAAAGGCCCUGUUGUUGCAGGCGACUAUCCGCGGGACCGCAUAAUUGUUUUCGUCAACGGCGAACGCAGAGGAGUCCAGGACAUGAUUUACAACAACCCGCCGCCAAUUGACGUAUCGCUCUCGCCAGGUGAUACACUGCAGCUGCUGGUAGAAAAUCUCGGCCGCGUCAGUUUCCAGCAAUACAUGGACGAUCAGAGGAAGGGCAUUGUGGGGAAUGUCACCGUCAGUGGGGUGAUCCUGCGAGAUUGGUCCAUGUAUUCACUGCCACUCGUCUCCCUGCCGAGUCAUGUGAGAUCCGUCGCAGGCACUACUUUAUCUUCUCGUUCACACGACGAGGUAGAGCGCAAGUUAGGAUCUCUUACGUCUCCAGUGUUCUUCGCCGGAAUCUUGGAAAGCACCGUGGCUGGAGACGACGACUCUGCACGGGAUACAUUCCUGCACCUCGAGGGCAUAACCAAAGGUGUGGUUUACGUCAAUGGUUAUAACAUUGGCAGGUAUUGGGUAAUUGGUCCCCAGCAGAGUUUGUACGUGCCGGGAUGCUUUCUUAAAAGGAGCGGUCGGAACGAUGUAGUUGUGUUGGAAUUGGAGCCUAGAAAUGGCUACAUGCCAGCUGCGCAAGGACACCCCACUCGAAUAUGGGGUAAUAACUACGAUCCCGAUGCACCAUACCAGCAGUAG